AUGUCGCUUUCCAGAGCAAGACAAGUUCAACUACUAGCACGCCCAGUGUAUCGUUCCAUCAGCACAUUGCGUCCUUUGUUUAAUAAGAAGAGCGAGGAUCCUUUUCCCGACUUGGCUAUUCGUCACUCUUCCGAAGCGGCCUUGGACAGUUCAUAUCCCAAUCUGCCACCUAUUCCUCGUCCUAACGAAGAAACAGAGAAUAAGCGUCGCAGAUUGACUUACCAAAGUCGCAAGCGUGGUAUUUUGGAAACGGAUCUCUUAUUAUCGACAUUUGCCAAAGUCUGGUUACCUCAAUUCAAUCGUGAGCAGUUGGAGGAAUAUGAUAAACUGUUGGAUGAGCCAGAUUGGGAUAUCUUUUACUGGUCUACAAACAAGAAGCCUGUUCCACAAAAAUGGCAAAACUCCAAGGUGUUGGAAAUGAUUACUCAACACGCCAAAAAUGAAGACAAAAAGGUACUUCGCAUGCCAAAUCUGGAAGAAGCAUCAUCAUCAUAA